UUAAUUCAUAUCAUAGACCUGGAUUUGUUCUGCUAUGUCUAUGUGGGUCAAGGUGUGAUUUUGUAUACUAUCCAUAAUUGUCUAUGGUAGACCAGGCAGUCAGAACUAUACUAUUCAUUUCCCAGGGUUUCCGUUUUAUAAAAUUGUCACUUCCUUCUUUAAAUGUCUAAUUUUUAUUUCUAAAAAUUCUGUAUAGUUUAAUAAGCAGGAGUGGGCAUUACAUGUGCAAGUAAUGUUCACUCCUCAUUAAGCAAAAAGAGAAAUCGAGUGUGGAAACACUUUUUUGCAUUUCAUUUCUCUUAACUGCCAACUAGUGCCCAUGCUGACUAGAUUCUGGGAGUUAUCGUGCAAAAUGUUGCAACCAAGAUUUAGAUUUUCUACACAUAGAACCUAUGUUUUAAACGGGAAAAGCAAAAGAGCAGCCUAAUAAUCUAAGAGUAUGGAGAGCCCCUGGUGGCACAGUGUGUUAAAGUGCUGAGCUGCUGAACUUGCGGACCAAAAGGUCCCAGGUUCAAAUCCCGGGAGCAGAAUGAGCGCCUGCUGUUAGCCCCAGCUCCUGCCAACCUAGCAGUUCAAAAACAUGCAAUGUGAGUAGAUCAAUAGGUACCACUCCGGCGGGAAGGUAACAGCGCUCCAUGCAGUCAUGCCGGCCACAUGACCUUGGAGGGGUCUACGGAUAACGCCAGCUCUUCGACUUAGAAAUGGAGAUGAGUACCAACCCCCAGAGUCGGACAUGACUGGGCUUAACAUCAGGGGAAAACCUUUACCUUUACCUAUGGAGUUUAACAUGUUGAUUUUAUAGUUGUCACAAAGGUUAGAUUUCUGGAGCUGUUCCUUGUGUCAGUUACUUGUUGUGUUCCUGUUGCCACAAGCCAUUUGGUCUGGUCAUGAGCAAAACAAGCAUGGCGGAGCCAGAGGGAGCCCUGAUGUGUUAUAUAUAGUGUAGUAGAAGCCACAAGAUACACAGUGGAGAAGAAUAAACAUGAGGUUUCUCGGCUUAGUGACAGGAAACAGCCAUAUAAACAGAUUUAAUAAGUAUUUUUUAAUUGUGAAGACAGCCUGAAUCAAGGAAGCCAUGGCUCUGAGUAGGACUCUUAAUAAGGGUCUCUUGAAGGUCUCCUGUUCAUAAACCAAAUCCAGCCUGAUGUCACAUAAUAUAACAACUCCUUUGUUGUUAUCCGUUGUCGGAACUUAAUUUUCCCAUGUCUAUUCACUUAGAUAAAGUGUGAACAAUUUCUUAACCAAAAGCUUCUGUUUUAUUAAUAUGAGACCCUAUCUGUUGAGUUCAUGUGGGAUAUAUUUAACAAUAAUCCUUUAAAAUAAUAUUUUAGACAGUACACGCUGUUGUAGUCUUCGAAAAAGAAGCUCACCUAUGUUGCUCAGAUUAGUUUCCCAAAUACCUAAUCUUACAGAGACAUGACAGACAUCUAAUUCAGGCAAAAAAGAUACAAAUUCAAAUUAAUAUCAGGUGAACAGCAGAGCAAAAUAGGGCAAAGAAUAAUUUGAGUUGGCAACAACUUCUCACCCCCAACCUGAAAAGAUCCACCAACCAGAACCAGAUAUAUAACUUAGAUACUUAAUUUAAUAAUUUUGGAACCAAUUAACUUAUUAAAUACUAGAACUGAAAAGAGCUCACUCAUCUUGCUAUGCACAGAUCCACUGUUACUCCAAACAUUCUUCAGCAGUGCAAUUUGGGAAUAGAAAAACAGUCCUUUCAUGGCUUCUAAUGUUAAAUUACUAGAAAUAAGAAAUCUGUCCUAAUCCAGUCAACAACCCUGUUAUGAGAGCCUAAAAUUAAACUUUCUGCAUGCUUUGUUCUGUUUAUAAACUGUGCAGAUUCUACACUUAUUCAACCGUGUUCUAGAGCCAGCAUCUCUCAACAGUGUUUACAGUUCUCCUUUAAAAUAUUUGGUCGCUGCAAUUUCUCAAGACUGCUUCCAGGAUUUGUUUUUGCUUUUGUUGUUGCCUAGUGUUAAUUUGCUUUGUGAACCCCUACCAAACAAACAAGCCACAAAAGCCUUAGAAGAACCUUGGAAAUUGCAAUGGUACAGUUUUAGGUCAACAGUUUGUUAAUUAUGGGAAAUUGCUGAAUAGAUAACCAGAGGUUUACAAAAGUGGAAUCAAAGCUAACAUUUAGAUUGAGAAUGUAGAAGUCAAUGGAAAACCUAGCUCCAAAUGUCUAUUAGUCACGAUGCAUGUACAUGAUAAAUAAAGUACUUAUAAUAUAAGAGGUAAUACGUCUCAGAAUAGCAUAAAAGAGAACUUUUGGAGAUUGGGAAUAUUCUCUUCCUCACUCCCUUUUUUGGACACUAUCCCCCAGAAUCCUGCAGCUAUCAUGGCCAAAUCUUGAGAGUUAUAAUCUGAAAUGUAGAUUUCCCAAGUUCUAGGUGUUGUCUGAUGUUCUUCUGUUCAUGAGCUUCCCAGAGGUAUCUAGUUGGUCUAUGAUGAAACUAAAUGCUGACAUAAGUUUGGUUCCUACACAACAUGGUUUGCCUAUGUUUUUAAAGAGCUCUAUCUUAGAGGGAAAUAGCAAACGGGGUAGAUCAGGCAUGGACAAACUUAAGCCCUCCAGAUGUUUGGACUUUAACUCCCACAAUUCAAUGUGGAAGUUGCAGUCCAAAACAUCUGGAGGGCUGGCGUUUGCCCAUGCCUGGGGUAGAAGCUCAGAGGUGGGUAGGAAGUUUUACGUUCAUGUUGAUGAUCUCUUGUGUUCUGUUUUGAAAGAUCUCUUUUUUAGCUAUACCAGAAACCCACUACUGAGUAAAGCCACCAGUUAGUAGUGGCCUGUGAUGGGAGUCGUUCCCAGUCGGAGGAAGGAGAUUACAGCGGAGCCAAGGCCACAGCCAAACACGCCAAACAACCAGUCUCUCGAUUCAAGCCUUGUUCUUACACCACCAGGUACAAAUAUCUCUGUAGCAGUGGCAGUGUGCAAUUUCCCUUCUGGGCAAGUAGAGCCGAUAAUCCGGAUGGGAGAGCAGCUGAAGUUGCUGUCUGAAGAGGGUGAAUGGUGGAAAGUGGAAUCGGCUGUGACUGGCAAGAACUGCUGUAUUCCCAGCAACCACAUAGCUAAAAUUUCUCACAGGUGGCUUUAUGAGGGCAUCAGCCGUACAAAAGCUGAAGAGUUGUUGCUGCUGCCUUAUAACCGUGAAGGCUCUUUCCUGAUAAGAGAAAGCCAAAUGAGGAAAGGUUGCUACUCCUUGUCAAUCAGGCACACAAAUCAUGCUUCCUGGGAUUGUGUCAAACACUACCGUAUUAACCGCUUAGAGAACGGCUGGCUUUACAUCUCUCCCAGUCUCACCUUCCCAAGUCUACACGAGCUGGUAGACUCUUAUUCUGAAACUGGGGAUGGCUUGUGUUGCUGCUUGAAGGAGCCAUGCUUCAUUCAAGGAUCUACUUCAAAUUUCUGCCACAACCUUUCCAAAUCAAUAGUAGUGAGCAAGCCAGCUAUAAACUGGCAGGAGAUCAACAGCUCUGACCUGUUGGCAGAAGGCCCACUACCAGAAGAUUCUCGUAUCAGUCUCGGCCUGCGUGAAGCUGUGACAACUUAUCUAUUAAUGACUGAAAACCAGCCCUUAGAUGACACACUUGUAAAGAAGAGAUCCAGAAAUACUUGAGAUCAUUAGUAUUAACUUCUGGGACAUGAAACUUGAACAUCAGACUUUUUAAUAUUAGCCCCUUGAAGCAGUACGAACUUACUCCAAGAAACAAUGACCCUUCAACCCCAGAAAGUCAUCCUGUAUACUUUUUCACUCUUUUUUAAACUACUGUCGGCUCUGGCUUCUAUUCAAGUAGACUAUGUAUAUUUAUGUGAAUGUAUUUAUGUCUGUUACUCCUUCAAAAUUUGUAUUAUGUUGAUGAGAACAUGACCAGAGAAACGUAUAA